AUGCCUGGUAAUGGACCCUUCGCAUAUAUCAUGCCUGGAAAUGGACAUCCACAGCAGCAGCAGUUCCAGAUGCCACCAAUGUAUCCUACUUCCCGUCAUGGGGACUCUGACUUCAGCCUGCUAGGAAGUCCCCAAAACCCACAAUGUCCCGGCAGUAUUCGCCAAAGCUCCCACAAUGGAGUCUCAUCCAUAAGAACCGGACGUGAUGGAUCGAGCGUCUCAUUCCUUCCUUCAGGAAGUCGUCCUGGAGGUAGUCAUGGUGCAAGCGCAUCUCACGCGGAAAGUGCUCGCCAUACAUCUCAUUCCGGCAGUGCGCGUCCCAGUCGUCAUGCAUCAUCUCGUGUCGACGGUGACAUUCGUCCAGAGGACAGCGCUUCUCAACUCCCAGGAAGCGUGGCAGGUAGAAGCAGUGCAGCGGCAACGUCUCGGGCCAGUAGGGACCCGGACACGGUGGUAUCGGGCGCGACGUUUGGUUCGGGUCCUCUGGGUUUGCAUAGGCAGCAACCUCGAGGACCAGCACCAUAUUUCAAUGCCUUUCAGGGUCCGAGAGCGUAUGCUGAACAGGGAUAUUGGGGCUAG